AAGAAUUCUAUGUUUAAAUUCUCAUGGUAGAGACUGUAAAUAGAAAAAAAGAAAUACAACUUCUUCAGACAAUAUGUAAGCAUAUAAUUUAUUGAUCACUGCUUGAAGUUAAGCAAAUCAUUUAUUGGUCACUGCUUAAAGAUUAACUCCCAAAUUAGUAUGAAGCCAGUGAUGAUAGUGCAUGGUGGAGCAUGGGCAAUCCCUGAUGCCUUUGCAGAAAGAAGUAAAUCCGGUGUAAAAGAUGCAGCUAAAUGUGGAUUUGCUAUUCUUGCAAAUGGUGGGAGUUCUAUGCAAGCAGUUGAAGCUGCUGUUCGAAUGAUGGAGGACAAUAAUGUAUUUGAUGCAGGUCACGGUGCUGUACUGAAUGCUGAUGGUGAUGUGGAACUUGAUGCAAUCAUAAUGGAUGGAAAAAAUCUUUCUGCAGGUGCUGUUUCUUGUAUCAAGAAUAUUUCAAAUCCAAUCACAUUUGCUCGUGCAGUCUUGGAAAAGACCCCACACUGUAUGCUGACAGGUGCCGGUGCCAAUGCCUUUGCUGAAAAACUGGGUAUUAACAGAGUCCCCACAAAUGAACUUGUGACAGAGCAUGCUUUACGAGAGUGGGAACAAUAUCAAAAAUAUAAGCAGAGUGUCACAUGUCUCUUCAACACAGAAAAAGUACAUGAUACAGUUGGCGCUGUAGCAAUAGAUUCUGAGGGUAAUGUAUCCUGUGCCACAUCAACUGGUGGAAUAACCAACAAAAUGGUUGGACGUGUUGGAGAUAGCCCAAUAAUAGGAUCUGGUGCGUAUGCUGAUAACUUAAUCGGUGCAGUAUCCACAACUGGGCAUGGAGAGUCCAUUAUGAAAGUUACUCUUGCAAGACUUGUACUUUUUUACAUGGAACAGGGUAAGACUCCAAAAGAUGCUGCAGAUCAUGCUCUCGACUACAUGAAUACCAGAGUUCAUGGAAGAGGGGGCUUGAUAGUUGUCAGUAAAACAGGAGAAUGGGCAGCAAGAUUUACUACUCAGAGAAUGGCAUGGGCAAGCAUCGAUGAAGGCGUUUUAUUCUAUGGACUGAACCCAGGGGAGAUAUUUCAAGAAAACAUAGAAAAUGUGGUAUAGUUAGGAGUAAGCCAGUUGUAUCCAUUGCUUAAAUACAUGAAGGUAUAUUACAUAAGCAUAAUAUAUAGUUUUAAAGAAUUGUUGAUUGUUCUGGACAUAUGCGUAUCAAAAUGGGUAUACCCAUAUUCAGUCAUCAAGGGUGCCAUAGAGCCCAGAAUUUCAGAACCCCUUGUGAACACAAGUUUUAUUUUUUAAAGACACAAAAAAGUAGUCAGCUGCAAUAUCCUCACUUCAAGGCAAAAAUUCAUUCAUGUAAUAAACUCUAGUAUCAGCAUUGUGGCUAUAACCUUACCAUACUCAUUCCAACAGGUCGAGUGCACCCUUUAUUAAACAAUAAAAGCUUUUUAAGGUCUGCUAGAUCUGACCAAUCACCAGCUUUAUAAUACAGGUACGUGUAUUAAAUAGGUAUUAGUGUGUUAUAGAAUAUUAAUUCUAACCACCUCCUGAUUUUCCUACUGUAAAUAGUUCUCACUGUAGUUAACCUAACUGUGAUCUCUCACAUUUCAAAUAAACAUAUCAGUGCUGUCUUGAUCCCCCUACUGAUGCUACCUCAACCAAAAAAAACAUAAACUGCCUUGUAUCAAUGCUUCCACAAUAUGGUAAGGGUUAAUUUUGGUGUCGGGUUAGAGUAAUUUGCUGUAGACAUCAUCAUGUUAGGGAUAUUUGCAUCAUCAAAGUUAGGGAUAUUUGCCAUAGUACCAUCAGAACAGUGUGGUUAGGGUUAUUUAAAGUGGGGUCAUUACAGUUAUGGUUAACAUUGGUGGGAGAUUGGGACAAGAGGUUUAGGUUUAUUUCGUCAAGUUAUUUUGCAGUUAGGGUUAUGUAUAGUCGUAAAAAUGAGGAAAGCAGCAGAUUAACUUGCAGCAACUUAUUUAUUAUUCGUCCUCCAUAUUGAGUUUUACCUUUAGGAAUCAAUAUAAGAAAUCGUUCAGUCUACAAGUUACUUUCUUUUUCAAGCCUGCACUGGGGAUGUAUUCAAUAAAAAUUUGAAAAUACAA